CAGCCGCCUGCUCCCCGGUGCCACGCCACGCACAGUGAGGAGCCACAGAGCCACGCGAUGGCGGUGGCUCCUGGCUGGGCACUGUGCUCCUCACCGCGGCUGCUCAUGCUUUUGAUGCUGCUGCUGCUUCUGCUGUUGCUGUCGCCCUGCUGGAGCAUGGUGGCUCAGGACCCUCGGGCGGCCGCUCUCAGCCUGCACCCGCCCUACUUCAACCUGGCCCAGGCGGCAAGGAUCUGGGCCACCGCUACCUGCGGUGAGCGGGGUUCGGAGGUCGUAAAGCCCCGGCCGGAACUUUACUGUAAAUUGGUGGGCGGCCCCACCGCACAGGGCAGCGGCCACGCCAUCCAGGGCCAGUUCUGUGACUAUUGUAACUCUGAGGAUUCCAGGAAGGCACACCCGGCCACCCAUGCGAUUGACGGAUCUGAGCGCUGGUGGCAAAGUCCCCCUCUCUCUUCAGGCAUCCAAUACAACCAAGUCAACCUCACACUGGAUCUGGGUCAGCUUUUCCACGUGGCCUAUGUUUUAAUCAAAUUUGCAAAUUCUCCACGCCCUGAUCUUUGGGUCUUGGAAAGAUCUGUCGACUUUGGAAGCACCUACUCACCAUGGCAGUAUUUUGCUCAUUCUCGAAGAGAUUGCUUAGAACAGUUUGGGCAGGAAGCAAACACAGCCAUCGCCCGAGAUGACCAGGUGCUCUGUGUCACCGAGUACUCCCGCAUCGUGCCUCUGGAAAAUGGCGAGGUGGUCGUAUCCUUGAUAAAUGGUCGCCCAGGUGCAAAAAAUUUCACUUUCUCUGACACCCUGAGGGAGUUUACUAAAGCAACAAACAUCCGUUUGCGGUUUCUCCGAACCAACACCCUCCUUGGGCAUCUUAUCUCCAAAGCAGAGCGAGACCCCACCGUAACGCGGCGGUACUAUUACAGCAUAAAGGACAUCAGCAUCGGUGGGCGGUGUGUCUGCAAUGGUCAUGCGGAGGACUGCACUGCUGACAACCCUGAGAAACAGUUCCGAUGUGAAUGCCAGCACCACACCUGUGGGAAGACUUGUAAUCGCUGCUGUGCAGGCUACAAUCAGAGGCCCUGGCGGCCAGCUGCUCACGGGCAGCUCAGUGAGUGUGAAGCCUGCAACUGCCAUGGGCAUGCCGUGGACUGUUACUAUGACCCGGAUGUAGAACAGCAGCGGGCAAGCUUGAACAGCAAAGGUGCCUAUGCAGGCGGAGGAGUCUGCAUCAACUGUCUGCACAACACAGCAGGUGUGAACUGUGAGAAGUGUGCAAAGGGUUACUACCGGCCCUUUGGUGUCCCAGUGGAUGCGCUCCAUGGAUGCGUCCCUUGCAGCUGUGAUCCUGAGCGGGCAGAUGACUGUGAGCAGGGGUCAGGCCACUGUCAGUGUAAGCCAAAUUUCCAUGGUGACAACUGUGAGACGUGUGCAGAUGGGUACUAUGAUUUUCCAUUUUGCUUGAGAAUUCCAGUCUCUCCUGUUUACACUCUGAGCCCAGAAGACCCAGAGGCUGGCAAUAUAAAAGGGUGUGACUGUAACUUGGAAGGUGUUCUCCCAGAAAUAUGUGACGACCAAGGCAGGUGCCUGUGCCGCCCUGGGGUUGAGGGUGCCCGGUGUGACUCCUGCCGCUGGGGCUCCUAUUCAUUCCCUAUAUGCCAAGUUUGCCAAUGUUCCACUAUCGGAUCCUAUCCAGUACCCUGUGACCCAGUGACUGGCCAGUGUGAAUGCCUGCCUGGGAUAGCGGGAAAGCAGUGUGACAGGUGUCUCUCGGGAGCCUAUGACUUUCCCUACUGCCAAGGGUCCAGCAGUGUUUGUGACCCAGCUGGGACCAUUGACUCCAGCUUGGGAUAUUGCCAGUGCAAGCCUCAUGUUGCAAGUCCUACGUGCAGUGUCUGCAAACCAUUGUAUUGGAAUCUGGCCAAAGAAAACCCCAGUGGAUGCUCAGAAUGCCAGUGCCACGACGCAGGGACAGUGAGUGGAAUUGGAGAGUGCGGGCAGGGAGAUGGCGACUGUAGCUGCAAAGCUCAUGUAACUGGUGAUGCCUGUGAUACCUGCGAAGAUGGGUAUUUCUCUUUGGAGAAGAGCAAUUACUUUGGCUGUCAAGGGUGUCAAUGUGACAUUGGUGGUUCGCUCACCACCAUGUGUAGUGGGCCCUCAGGAGAAUGCCAGUGCCGAGAGCAUGUUGUGGGGAAACAGUGCCAGAGGCCUGAAAAUAACUACUAUUUCCCGGAUUUGCACCACAUGAAGCAUGAGGUUGAAGAUGGCACUGGAACUAAUGGAAGAGACCUGCGGUUUGGAUUUGAUCCCUUGGUAUUCCCCGAGUUUAGCUGGAGAGGAUAUGCCCCGAUGAGCUCAGUACAGAAUGAAGUAAGGAUAAGAUUGAUUGUGGGGAAGUCAAAUCUCUCCUUGUUCCACAUCAUUCUGAGAUAUGUCAACCCUGGAACUGAAGAAGUAUCUGGCCGCAUCACUGUUUAUCCGUCCAGGGCAAAGUUGGGUGCUUCUCAAAGCAAAGAGGUGACCUUUCCCCCAAGGAAGGAGCCAGCCUUUGUCACUGUCCCUGGAAAUGGCCUUGCAGAGCCCUUCUCCAUCACACCAGGGACAUGGAUCGCUUGCAUCCAGGUGGAAGGAGUCCUCCUGGAUUACCUGGUGCUGCUUCCCCGGGACUACUAUGAAGCACUCGCUCUGCAAGUACCAGUCACAGAACCAUGUGCUCACACGGGAUCUCCCCAGGACAAUUGUUUGCUUUACCAGCAUUUACCGGUGACCCGAUUCUCCUGUGCCCUGGCUUGUGAGGCCAGACACUUUCUGCUGGAUGGGGAACUGAGACUCGUGGCAGUGAGGCAGCCCACUCCCGCACACCCGGCCAUGGUGGACCUCACUGGGAGACAGGUGGAACUGCGCCUGCGCCUGCGGGUCCCACAGACUGGCCACUACGUCAUCAUGCUGGAGUAUGCCACGGAGGUAGACCAGCUUUUUGUGGUGGACGUGAACCUGAAGAGCCCAGGGUCUGCCUUGGCAGGCCAGGCGAACAUAUACAGCUGCAAGUACAGCAUUCUGUGCAGGAGCGUGGUGAUUGACAGCCUGAGUCGUACGGCUGUGUACGAGCUAUUAGCAGAUGCAGACAUUCAGAUCAAGGCACAUAUGGCCAAGUUCCUUCUGUAUCAUGUUUGUAUUAUACCCACUGAGGAAUUCUCAACUGAAUAUUUGAAACCUCAAGUCCACUGUAUUGCCAGUUAUGGGCCGUUUGCUAACCCAAGUGUCACCUGUGUUUCCCUGGCCCAUGAAACUCCUCCAACAGCCUUAAUUUUGGAUGCUGGGAGUGGGGACCCUUUCUCUGUCCUGUCUCAGCAGCCCUCCCCUCCUGCAGAUGUCACUAAUGGAGUUACCCUGAAGGCACCACAGACUCAAGUCACCCUGAGAGGACUUACACCACACCUCGGCCGACACGUCUUUGUCAUCCACUUUUAUCAAGCAGAACACCCAGCAUUUCCCACAGAGGUGUUUGUGGAUGGAGGAGGACACUGGUCAGGUUCCUUUCUUGCCUCCUUUUGCCCUCAUUUGCUUGGCUGCCGGGACCAAGUGAUCUCCAAUGGCCAGGUGGAGUUUGACAUCUCAGAAGCAGAGGUAGCUGUGACGGUGAAGGUUCCAGAAGGAAAGUCCUUGACACUGGUCCGGGUUCUAGUGGUGCCCAUAGAGAAUUAUGACUACCAAAUACUUCACAGGACGUCAGUGGACAAGUCCUCCGAGUUUGUCGACAGUUGUGGAGGAGACAGUUUUUACAUUGACCCCCAAGCAGCCUCCGGAUUCUGUAAGAGUUCUGCAAGGUCCCUGGUCGCCCUUUACCAUGACGGUGCCCUGCCCUGUGAGUGCCACGCCGCUGGGGCUGCCAGCCCUCACUGCAGUCCUGAGGGCGGGCAGUGCCCUUGUCGGCCUAACAUCGUCGGGAGGCAGUGCACACGCUGUGCAGCAGGCCACUACGGAUUCCCACACUGCAAGCCUUGUAAUUGUGGCAGACGCCUUUGUGAAGAGGUGACAGGAAAGUGUCUCUGCCCACCCCGCACAGUCAGGCCCCAGUGUGAGGUCUGUGAAGUGAAUUCCUUCAACUUCCACCCCCUGGUUGGCUGUGAAGCCUGCAACUGCUCCAGGAAGGGCACCAUUGAGGCAGCUGUCUCUGAGUGCGACAGGGACAGCGGGCAGUGCAGGUGCAAGCCUAGAAUCGCAGGGCAGCAGUGUGACAGAUGUGCUCCUGGCUUCUAUCAGUUCCCUGAGUGUGUUCCCUGCAAUUGUAGCAGAGCUGGGGCUGAGCCUGAAGUGUGUGACCCAGAGACUGGGGCUUGCAUGUGCAAGGAGAACGUCAAAGGCCCAGAAUGCCAAGUGUGUCGUGAAGGAGCUUUCUACCUAGACUCUGCCAAUCCAAAGGGUUGCACCAGGUGUUUCUGUUUUGGAGUGGAUACUGUCUGCCAAAGUUCACAUAAGCAAAGAGCUAAGUUUGUAGACAUGAUGGGCUGGCGUCUAGAGACAGCAGAUGGAGUUGAUGUCCCUGUGUCCUUCAACCCAGGCAGCAACAGCAUGGUUGCAGAUCUGCAGGAGCUGCCAUCAUCGGUUCACAGUGCAUCCUGGGUGUCACCUUCAUCCUACCUAGGUGACAAGGUUUCCUCAUAUGGCGGCUACCUCACCUACCAAGCCAAGUCCUUUGGCUUACCCGGAGACAUGGUUCCUCUGGAAAAGCAGCCAGAUGUGCAGCUCACUGGUCGGCACAUGUCUGUCAUCCAUAAGAAAUCCAGUGACCCACGGCCAGACAGGCUGCAUCAUGGGAUAGUGCAAAUAGUUGAGGGAAACUUCCGACAUGCAGGCAACAGUGCCCCAGUGUCCCGGGAAGAGCUGAUGACUGUGCUGUCCGCACUAGAAGGGCUGUAUAUCCGGGGCCUCUACUUCACUGAGACACAGCGGCUCACCCUGGGCGAGGUAGGGCUGGAGGAGGCCUCCGACAAGGGAAGUGGACCCAGAGCUCAUCUUGUGGAGAUGUGUGCCUGUCCCCCUGACUACACAGGUGACUCAUGCCAGGGUUGUCACCCUGGAUACUAUCGGGACAACAAAAGCGUACCGGCUGGAAGGUGUGUUCCCUGCAAUUGCAAUGGACAUUCAAAUCGCUGUCAGGACGGCUCGGGGAUGUGCAUUAACUGUCAGCAUAACACAGCUGGGAAGCACUGUGAGCUCUGCAAGGAAGGCCACUAUGGGAACGCCGUCCGUGGAUCCUGUAGGGUGUGUCCCUGCCCUCACACCAACAGUUUCGCCACUGGCUGUACCGUGGAUGGAGGAACUGUGAGGUGUGCCUGCAAACCUGGAUACACGGGAGCACAGUGUGAGAGGUGUGCACCAGGCUAUUUUGGGAAUCCUCAGAAAUUUGGAGGUAGCUGCCAACCAUGCAAUUGUAACAGUAAUGGCCAGUUAGGCACUUGUGACCCCCUAACUGGAGACUGUGUAAGCCAAGAACCCAGAGAUAGCAGUCCUGCAGAAGAAUGCGAUGACUGUGACAGCUGUGUGAUGACCCUCUUGAAAGACUUGGCCACCAUGGGUGAGGAACUCCGCCUCAUGAAGUCAAAGCUGCAGGGCCUGAGUGUGAGCGCUGGUGUUCUAGAACAGAUCCGGCACAUGGAGACGCAGGCCAAGGACCUGAGGAGCCAGCUACUUGGCCUCCGUUCUGCCAUCUCAAGUCACGGGUCCAAAGUGGACGGCCUGGAGAAAGAACUGAGCCAUCUGGGCCGUGAAUUCGAAACUUUGCAAGAAAAGGCACAAGUCAAUUCCAGAAAAGCGCAAACAUUAUAUAGCAACGUUGAUCAGACAAUUCAACGCGCCAAGGAAUUGGACACGAAGGUUAAAAACGUCAUCCAGAAUGUGCACAUUCUCCUGAAGCGGAUCACUAGGCCAGGCAGCGAAGGAAUGGACGUGGCGGUGGGCGACUGGUCCAGGGAGCUGGCAGAAGCCCAGCGCAUGAUGCGGGAGCUCCGGGGCCGAGACUUCAGAAAGCAUCUCAGAGAAGCAGAGGCCGAGAAAGCAGAAGCCCAGCGUUUGCUGAACCGGGUCAGGACCUGGCUGGAAAGCCACCAGGUGGAGAACAACGGACUGCUAAAAACUAUUCGGGAUUCAUUAAACGAUUAUGAAGCCAAACUUCAGGACCUGCGGGCUGUCCUCCAGGAGGCAGCUGCCCAGGCAAAGCAGGCCACUGGCCUCAACCAUGAGAAUGAGGAGGUUCUAGGAGCCGUGCAGAGACAAAUGAAGGAAAUGAAUUCCCUGAAGAACGACUUUGCCAAGUACCUGGCCACGGCAGACGCUUCCUUGCUGCAGACCAACAAUCUACUGCAGCAGAUGGACAAAAGCCAGAAGGAAUAUGAAAGCUUAGCUGCAGCUUUAAAUGGAGCAAGACAGGAACUAGGCAACAAGGCACAAGAACUCUCCAGAUCUGCCAGCAAAACAUCCCUGGUGGUGGAGGCCGAGAAGCAUGCUCAGUCUUUACAGGAGCUGGCAAAGCAGCUGGAAGAGAUAAAGAGAAACACCAGUGGGGAUGAGCUGGUGCGUUGUGCUGUGGAUGCUGCCACCGCCUAUGAGAACAUCCUCAAUGCCAUCAAAGCAGCAGAGGAUGCAGCCAACAAGGCCACCAGCGCUUCGGAGUCUGCCCUCCAGACACUGAUAAAGGAAGAUCUUCCAAGACAAGCUAAGACCCUGAGUUCUGACAGUGAUGAACUGUUAAAUGAAGCCAAGAUGACACAGAAAAAGCUGCAACAAGAAGUCAGUCCAGCCCUCAACAGCCUACAGCAAACUCUGAGCACUGUGUCAGUUCAGAAGGACCUGCUGGAUACCAACCUCACUGCGGUCCGUGACAGUCUUUAUGGGUUACAGAGAGGUGAUAUUGAUGGUGCCAUCCGUGGUGCAAAGAGCAUGGUCAGGAAGGCCAAUGGUAUAACAAGCGAGAUUCUCGAUGGGAUCAACCCCAUCCAGACGGAUUUGGGAAGAAUUAAAGACAGCUAUGGGAGCACACGGCGUGAGGACUUCAGCAAGGCUCUGACCGACGCCAAUAAUUCAGUAAAGAAAUUAACCAAGAAGUUGCCUGAUCUUUUUAUCAAGAUUGAAAGUAUCAACCAACAAUUGCUGCCCCUGGGAAACAUCUCUGACAAUGUGGACCGAAUCCGAGAACUCAUUCAGCAGGCCAGAGACGCUGCCAACAAGGUCGCAGUUCCCAUGAGGUUCAAUGGCAAAUCUGGUGUCGAAGUCCGGCUGCCAAAUGACCUAGAAGACUUAAAAGGAUACACGUCUCUGUCUCUGUUUCUCCAAAGACCUGACUUAAGAGAGAAUGGGGGCACUGAGGACAUGUUCGUGAUGUACCUGGGAAAUAAGGAUACCUCCAAGGACUACAUCGGCAUGGCGGUUGUAGACGGUCAGCUGACGUGUGUCUACAAUCUGGGGGAUCGAGAGGCUGAAGUCCAGGUAGACCAGGUGCUGACGGAGAGUGAGAAUCAGGAGGCAGUUAUGGACCGAGUGAAGUUCCAGAGAAUAUAUCAGCUUGCAAUACUUAAUUACACCAAAGAAGCCACAUCCAACAAACCCAAAGCACCCGAAGCCUAUGACAUAGAGGGAGACAGCAGCAACACACUCCUUAAUUUAGAUCCAGAAACUGCUGUGUUUUAUGUCGGAGGUUACCCACCCGAUUUUCAACUGCCGAGCAGACUGAGGUUCCCGCCAUACAAAGGCUGUAUCGAACUAGAUGACCUCAAUGAAAAUGUUCUGAGCUUGUACAACUUCAAGACAACUUUCAAUCUCAACACAACUGAAGUGGAGCCUUGUAGGAGGCGAAAGGAAGAGUCUGACAGAAACUACUUUGAAGGUACAGGCUACGCCCGAAUUCCCACUCAAGCAAACGCUCCCUUCCCAAGCUUCACACAGACCAUCCAGACGACCGUGGAUAGAGGUUUGCUGUUCUUUGCAGAAAACCAGGAUAAGUUCAUAUCCCUGGACAUAGAAGAUGGCAAUCUCAUGGUGAGAUACAAGCUGAAUUCAGAGCCACCCAAAGAGAAAGGAAUUCAAGGCACCGUCAACAAUGGGCGAGAUUAUACGAUUUCGAUUGCAAUUGGAAAAUCAAGAAAACUCAUGUGGAUAUAUAUGCCUAACCAUAGUAUAAAAAUCGAAGGGGAAAUAUUUGACUUUGGCACAUAUUACCUGGGAGGAAUUCCAAUUGCAAUCAGAGAAAGAUUUAACAUCUCCACGCCUGCUUUCCAAGGCUGCAUGAAGAAUAUGAAGAAAACCAGUGGUGUUGUCAGGUUGAACGAUACUGUGGGUGUAACCAAAAAGUCCUCUGAAGACUGGAAGCUCGUGCGCACCGCCUCGUUCUCCAGAGGAGGACAGAUGAGUUUUACAAACCUGGGUGUGCCCUUUCCUGACCGCUUCCAGCUGUCUUUUGGGUUUCAGACCUUUCAGCCCAGUGGUACACUAUUAAAUCAUCAGACACGGACAAGUGGCCUGCAGGUCACCCUGGAUGAUGGUCACAUUGUGGUAAGCAGCAGGGACAGCAGCAGCCCAAUUUUCAAGUCUCCACAGACCUACAUGGAUGGCUUACUUCAUCACGUUUCUGUGAUAAGUGACACCUCAGGCCUCCGACUCCUCAUUGAUGAUCAGGUUCAGAGAAGGAAUCAAAGGCUCCCUGGCUUCUCCAAUGCCCAGCAGUCCCUACGCCUGGGAGGUGGUUAUUUUGAGGGCUGUAUAAGCAACGUUUUUGUCCAAAGGUUGUUACAGAGUCCUGAAGUCCUGGAUUUGGCCAGUAAAUCGACCAAGAAGGAUGCCUCCCUGGGAGGCUGCAGUUUAAACAGGCCACCCUUUCUCCUGUUGUUUAAAGGUCCCAAGAGAUUUAACAAGGCCAGGACUUUCGAUGUCAAUCAGCUGUUGCAGGAUGCACCUCAAGCCUCCCCAAGCAGCAUGGCGGCAUGGCAAGAUGGGAAGUCCUGCGUGCCACCCCGCAACGCCCAGGCCACUCACAGAGCCCUCCAGUUUGGGGACAAUCCCACCAGCCACUUGCUAUUCAAGCUUCCUCGGGAGCUGAUGAAACCCGGGUCACAGUUUUCUGUGGACAUACAGACAACAUCCUCCAAAGGGCUGGUGUUUUACACAGGCAGCAAGAACUCUUUCAUGGCUCUCUAUCUCUCAGAAGGAUUUUUCAUCUUUGCUUUGGGGGCCGAAGGGAAGAAACUGAGGCUCAGAAGCACGGAGAGAUACCAUGAUGGGAAGUGGCACUCGGUGGUCUUUGGACAAAGUGGAGGAAAGGCGCGCUUGGUUGUGGAUGGGCUGAGAGCCCAGGAAGGCAGUUUGCCUGGAAAUUCUUCCAUCAUCCCCAGAGCACAGGUUUACCUGGGAUUUUCAUCAUCAAGGAAGUUGAAGAGCCUCCCCCAACACAGCUUUAUGGGGUGCCUGAGGAACUUCCAGUUGAACUCAAAACGCCUGGAUUCCCCCUCUGCGAGCCUUGGGGUGUCUCCCUGCUCAGGUGGCUCUUUGGAGAAAGGCAUUUAUUUCUCCCAAGGAGGAGGCCAUGUAGUCCUGGCCAAUUCUGUGUCCUUGGGGCCAGAGUUUCGGCUCAUUUUCAGCAUUCGCCCAAGGAGUCUCACUGGGACCUUAAUACACAUUGGAAGCCAAUCUGGACAGCGCUUGAGUGUUUCCAUGGAGGAGGGAAAGGUCACGGCCUCUCUGGACAGUGAAGCAGGUGGGACCUUGGCAUCAAUCACACCAAAGCAGUCUCUGUGUGACGGACAGUGGCACUCAGUGGCAGUCUCCAUUAAACAGCACGUCCUGCACCUGGAACUGGACACAGACAGUAGCUACACAGCUGGACAGCUUUCCUUCCCACCUAACAACACCCGAGGGUCACUACACGUUGGAGGUGUCCCAGACAAAUUGAAAACGCUUAGGCUCCCUGUGUGGAACUCAUUUUUUGGCUGCCUGAAGAAUAUUCAAGUCAACCACGUCCCUGUCCCCAUCACCGAAGCUGCAGAAGUCCAGGGAUCAGUCAGCCUGAAUGGUUGUCCUGAGCACUAACCCUCCACAGCAAGAAAGCACCAAGAGCCCAGCACAUCUAUCCCUUCCCUACUCAAGUCCAGACACCAUCAGCACUCAUUCAAAAACCAAUCUCAUUUUGCCAUUUGGUGCUACACAUGUAUUUUAGAUAAAAGUCCCAUUUGUUGAAGAAAAUGAACAAAUUGUUACUCAAAACAUGUACACAAUGCUUUUGUUAAUAUUACUUUUUCCACUAAGAAUUAAAUGCCUCUAAAAGAACAUUUUUUUACCAAUUGCUAAAAAGAAAAUCUUGUUUAGAGCACAUUUGAAUACAAAACUUUAAAAUGUUAAAUUGCUACAGUUCAUGGGAAUUAAAUAAAUACAAUUUACUCUUCAAGUUAUGUUUUACAAGCAGGGAAUGCCAAGGGCACUGCUAAUUAUAUUAACUCCUCAGCACCUGCUCAAAGUGUCAUCUGCAACACAAUUCGCUACAGAUAAUUUUUGAGCACAUGCUAAGAGGUUAUCUGUGUGUUCAGUGUGUGAACUACAAUGAAGUUUAAUAAGUCAGUCCUGCCCUUAAGGGACAUACACUUCAAUUGCAGAAGCACACAGUAUUCAUAAAAUAGGAACUAACAAAUUUCACACUGAAACCAUUAACUAAUGAGCCUCACUGGCUUCCCAAUCCUUGCCUUGCUCAGUCUCCUACAACCAAGUCUGAAUUAUGACUGUGGAUGCAUUGAGAACACAAGCCAUCUAGCAGAGGUGCUAAGAGAAUGCGUGUGCCAUAACUGAAGCUCUGAGUAUCUUCGUGCAAGAAUACGGAGGUCAUGGUCCACAUCUUCCUCCAUCACUUUCCACCUCUAAGUUUUUGAGACAAGGUCUUUCACUGAACCCAGAGCUCAACAUUCUGACUGGACUUGAAUGCGCAGCAAAUCUCUCCAGGAUCCUCCAUCUCCCCCACAGUACUAGGAUUACAGAUACACGCCUAGCUUUUAGACAGGUGCUGGGGAUCCAAACUCAGAUCCUCAUGUGACUCCACCAAGCUGCCGAGCCCACUUGAUGACUAAAGCUGUUAUGGCAAGCCAACAGGACCCAACAAGAAGGAGAAAUCACUUUUACACUAUCUACAAAAUAAUACACGAUACAACAGACAAGCAUUAUUACCCACUUACCCACUUGUGCUAACAAAGAUGAUGCAAGCA